UCGCUUUCUCUUUCACUUUCUCAGCACUGUCCGUUGGAACCAAACAGUUCCCCACACACGCCCUCUCUUUCUCUCUCUUUUGUUUUUUUUUUUUUUGUCUUCUCUCUCAUCCAAUACACACACACACACACACACACACACACUCAGUGAAAGUCUCGAAAGCUUUUCUUCAUUUUCAUCUGCGCGUAACAUGAUCAGCAAGAGAGAGGGCAUUUCACACCCCCUCCGGUGAUGAAUCCCACCAUUGAAGCAGCAGCUCCUCCACCACCGCUUCCGCCUCUGCCUCAACCGCCUCAACCCCACCAUCCCUCCACCUCCUGCCACCGACACCCAGAAGAGCAUUUCACCGGUUUCUGCCCCUCAUGCCUCUGCGAGCGCCUCGCCGUGCUCGAUCACUCCUCGUCUACCUCUUCUUCUUCCUCUGCUCGAAAACCCCCCACCACCUCCACCGCCGCCGCUGCCCUUAAGGCCAUCUUCAAGCCUCCCUCCUCUUCUUCCUCCACAGCCACCACUUCUGCCGUUGCUGGUGGUGGACCCACUUCCAAACCAAACCGACCCACUUCCUUCUUCCCGGAGCUCCGGCGUACUAAAUCCUUCUCUGCUUCUAAGAACGAGGGGUUUUCUGGUGUUUUCGAGCCGCAGAGGAAAUCCUGUGACGUUAGGGUUCGGAAUACUCUCUGGUCGCUGUUCAAUCAAGACGACGGUAAGAAAGAAGCGUCUCGGAGUGUUGCCGGUGGUGGUGGUAGUGGUGGUGGUGCCGUUGGUGGUGGAGAGAUUGAGGUUGAGAGUAGGAACUUAGCUGGGUCUUCUUCGGGCGUUCAAGGUCCGGUUUUCGAGAGCAAGGAAGAAGAGGAAGAGAGUGAGGAAGAGGAAGAGGAGGAAGCAGAGGACGAGGACGGGAUUAGGGUUUGUGAGGAACCGCCCAUUGUAGCAAAUGUGAUUGAAGAUAACAACAGAGUUCACGAAAUUGUAGAGGAAGAAGAAGAGGAAGAAGAGGAGGAAGAGGAAGAAGAACAAAUACUGGAGGAGGAGUUGAAGCCCAUGAAGGACCACAUAGAUCUCGAUUCCCAAACCAAAAAGAGAGAUUUGAAAGAAAUUGCGGGCAGUUUCUGGUCUGCCGCUUCGGUAUUCAGCAAGAAAUUGCAGAAAUGGAGGCAGAAGCAGAAGCUGAAGAAGCGCAGGAACGGCGGUGGGUCGGCCACAUUGCCAGUAGAGAAGCCAAUCGGGAGGCAGUUCAGAGAAACCCAGUCGGAGAUCGCCGACUACGGAUACGGACGCCGCUCCUGCGAUACGGAUCCGAGGUUCUCGCUCGAUGCGGCUCGGAUGUCGUUCGACGACCCGAGAUACUCUUUCGACGAGCCACGUGCUUCCUGGGACGGCCAUUUGAUUGGCCGCACUUUUCCCAGAAUGCCCACCAUGGUCUCGGUGGUUGAGGAUGCUCCGGUGGUCCAAGUCAUGAGGUCCGACACCCAAAUCCCAGUCGAAGAGCCGGCCAUGAAUUCAAUCAACGAGGACGAGACUGUUCCGGGCGGGUCGGCACAGACCCGAGAUUACUAUUCGGACUCAUCGUCUCGCCGGCGGCGAAGCCUUGAUAGGUCCAACUCGAUAAGGAAGACCGCUGCGGCGGUGGUGGCAGAGAUUGACGAAAUGAAGUCGGUUUCGAAUGCAAAGGUGUCUCCUGCAACUGCUGAUUACUUCCCGGGGCCGAAACUGGUGGUUCCCGAUAGAGAUUUGAGAGAUUCCAAUUCGAAUUCUUUGAGGGACGAUUGCUCGGAGACUUUUGAAAUGGGGUUCAGAGAUUCGGCCUCGGUGGUGGGCAAUGGGGAGAGGAAAGGAUCAUCAAAGAAGUCGCGGCGAUGGAGCAAAGCAUGGAGCAUAUGGGGAUUGAUACACAGGAGAGGUGGUAAUAAAGAUGAAGAUGAAGAUAGAUUCAGUAGAGCAACGAAUGGGGUUGUUGAGAGGUCUUUCUCUGAGUCUUGGCCUGAGCUGAGAGGGGAGAGAAAUGGGGAAGGCAGAGGGGGUUUCAAUCCGAAGGUGUUUCGGAGCAAUAGCAGUGUGAGUUGGAGGAAUUCCAAUGGAUUUGGUGGUGUUGGUGGUGGGUCUUUUGGCAGCAUGAGGAAGAACAACAGUGUUGUGGAGACAAAUGGACAUGGAAGAAAGAAAAAAGAUGAUUUUGUUUUGGAAAGGAAUAGGAGUGCAAGGUAUUCUCCGAACAACAUUGAUAAUGGACUCCUGAGGCUUUACUUGACUCCGUUGAGGAGUAGCCGGAGGAGUAGUGGUGGGAAAAGUAGGUACAAUCAAGCACAUUCCAUUGCCAGAAGUGUACUGCGAUUGUACUGAGAAAAGAAUUUGAGAAAAUUAAGGUCCAAAUUUUAAGUGUUUCUUUUGGGUUAAUGUCAGUUAAUUUUGCUGCAUUUGUUGUGUAAAACCACACAUGCCUAUGUAUUCUUGAUGGUUGGUUGGAUUAAAAAAAAAAAAAAAAAAGCAUCUUGAAUUGUUUCUUUCCUGUGAGUAGCAUCCUUCUUUUAAUUAUUAAAUACCAAGAAUUUCAGUGUU